AUGGUUCUUCUAGAAAGCAUGUACACGGUAGUGAAGCCAAAAUACAAGAGUACAGUAACUUCGGAUAUGUGGAAUACCCUAUUCCAUGGUAUAAAAACCGACUGACUUGAUAACCGGUAUUUAUAGGAAACCAAACACGCCUACCAAUGACGGCACCCUGUAAUAUGACCGCAUAUACCAACGCAGGGUCGAUUACCGGCCGCGCGCGCCUUCCCAGAAAAGGACCAAGAGAGCGGCGGAAAUCGAGCCUAAAUUUCUCCGUUCUAGAAGAGGAACGUUCAAAUUCGAAGUAGCAUUCUCAGCUCUAUUCAAAAUGAUAUAUCAAAUUUUAAAGCCAUCAUUUGGAUACCUUGAAUCAUUUGUAUCAAAGGACCAUUAAGCUGUUAUAGUUACAAGACGUUUAUGCGGCCCGAUUUUUACCCACUUUGCAUCUUACUGAUCUUACUCAUAGAGAAUCCUUGGGUGGCCGGGGGUCCGGAGGGUGCUUGGGUCAGCAGAUCCCCGUACAAAACAACGCGCCCCCCUCUCACAGAGGAGUGGUGGCUCAGUCAAAGUGCACACUUCCCCCCGGGGGGGGGGCACUUGGGUAUUUUUUGGGUGGGUAUGUGCCGCCCGGGACUCCAAAUUGGCACCCCGUUCUAAAAAAAUUUUUCCCUAAAAUUGAUACCCCGUUCUAGAAAUGGACCAAUUUUUUAUACCCCGUUAUAGAAUUAGCUCUAAAACUGAUACCCCGUUCUAGAAAUGGGCCAAUUUUGUAUACUCCGUUCUAGGGUGUAACAAGAGUAUAACAGUUUGCUUGUUAAAGCAUUGAACCGUAUUUUUAAAAGCAAUAUGUCCUUGAAUAAAUUCAAAUGGAUGCUAACAAAACUGGAGCUUUCGAGCGUUCGAAAUAUUGUACCCCGUUUUAGAAAACGCCUCUGAAAUGGAUACCCCGUUCUAAACCAGGAGCUUCAAAAUCACGACCCCGUUGAGCGGCACAUACCCGUAUAGGUAAUGUAUGGGAGUACCCCCCCCCCGGGCCACUUCCACAUCAGUGUAGCCAAACAAGGUGCGUUCCCCAUCAACCGCCGAAUUUAAUGCUUUGUUUUUUUUAAAAACAUUAGUGGGGCCAACAAAACCGGGGGUUUUGGGGCGUUCGAAAAUUUUACCCCCGUUUAAAAAACCCCCCCGAAAAUGGUACCCCCGUUCAAACCCCGGGGUUUAAAAACCCCCCCCCCGUUGGGCGGCCCAACCCCGUUAAGGAAAUUUUGGGGGUGCCCCCCCCCCCCCCCCGGGACACUUCCACAUCAGUGUAGCCAAACAAGGUGCGUUCCCCAUCAACAGCAGAAUUUAAUGCUUUGUUUGUUUUAAAAACAGUAGACUGCGAGCAGUCUGUCAUUUUUCUUUGCAAAGCUAUUGCACGCGAAACCUAAGCUAGCCUGCGCGCAGACGAAAUUAAACUCUGGUUAACUCCGUACUAAUCAGAGUUUAGUUAUCGUCUGCACGCAGGCUAAACCUAAGCACGCGAGCGGCAAAGCCUUUUCUCGUCUGGUGUCAACCCCUUAAGGUAAUCAUCACGUCGUGGUUUGCAAUCGCGCUGGAAAAGAUAAGAACUAGACGGAUUUUGAGAGAAAAGGCGGACUGCAAGCAGUCUAUAAAAACAGCCAUCUUAAUUCUUUCCUGUUCACGCUCAUCUCAAACAAAAGAAGCAUUUUUUCAAAACUAAAAUACACUAAAUCCUCUUGUGAGUUAAUAAGGAUUAGUUUGCUUAUGUUGGAAGUCUAAGUUGUUUAAAUCUAGAAGUGUAAAUCUAGAAGUGUAAAACUAGCCUGUUCAAGGCGUUCAACCAGUGGUGACCGAGGCGAUAAAGAACUGGGGCCCAGAUAAAGAGUCUGUCAGUAGCGGUUACGAGCUCAUUUUAAAAUAGGAACAGCGAUUGAGCGAGCGCCGGGAAAACUGAGCUAACAACUAGCCGGAGUUUCUGCUCGACAUCAAGAACAUUCAAUAUUUUGCUUGAGCCAUAUUCCACAACGGCGAAAUAUGAUUAAUAAUGAAAGCAUUUUGCCACAUAUUUUGACCUUUGUAUACUCUAUAUUGGUACUAAAUUUCGCGGUUUUGGCGAGAAAGUGUUUCGUGGUGUUUUAUUUCCGCAAUUUUAACAGGCAAAUAUGAAGAAAGGGCAUUAAAUUUCGCGAUUUAAGCGUUUUCAACUUCAUUUUAAUUUUUAAAAGGUCUGAACCCUUAAUGAACAAGAAAUGUGUGAAAUCUUUGCUAACUAACGUGAAGUAUUUCUCAACUGAAGAUACAAUAUGGAACUCCAGCUUGUCGAUGCAUAUGCACUGUCUUGUGAUUUUCUAGAUGGGCAUUAAAUUUCGCGAAGAUUUAAUUUCGCGGGUCUUUAAUUUCGCGAUUUUUUUACAAUUGUGAAAAACGCGAAAUUAAAGACCAGCGAAAUUAAGUACCAAUAAGGUAGCCAGCUAAUAGAGAAUCUCACUAAGCAGAGGAUUGAGAAAACGACGCCUGUGUCAGACGGCAGCUGUCUUCGGUGGGGGUAAACGAAGGACGCCAUCAGACAUUGGACUCAAUCGCUCGCAUGGUAAUUAUCUCGAGGUCAAAACAGGAAGUUACUCCGACUUGUUCAUGACUUCAAAAAUUCUCUUGUUUCCGUACAGGGAAGAGGACUUGCACGCAAGCUAGCCCUUCUGUACUUAAAUGACAGAGAGAAAAACGUUUUCACUCGUAAAAAUGCAGUGAAAAUGAUGUAUGGUUGGCAUGCACAUCAUUUUGUGGACUGGCUGGUGGACUAA